AUGAAGUCGAAGCGAUCUCUCAUGAAGUUCUUAAGAUAUCUAGGUCAGUCUAAUGAAGAAGAGGGCUCUUCCGCCGAGGAAGGCCUCGAUAUGACGUUCCCAGAGUUUCUACAUUCAAGAUUUCAGGUUCCCUCUGAUCUCUUUGAUCCCUUGCGCUCGCUAAGUCUCUCUCCAUAUCCUCUAUCACAAACCACAGCUGGAUAUGCUCUACCGAAAAUAAAAAGACACUUACAAUCCAUUGGUGUAUUCGGACCGGGAUUUUCUUCUGUCCUUGCCAAAUGGGGUGGUGGCUCUGAGAUUGCACAAGUAGCUUGUCGCGCAUGUGCCGUCGGUGGAGGUGUGUACGCAUUAAGCAGAGGCAUUAAAAGUGUGGAAACACCGAAACAGCAUCCACUUGAUGGAAACGUGGACUUGUUGAAUGUACAUCUCAGCAAUGGAGAAUCGGUGCGCACUAGGUUUGUUGUUGGUUCUGCUUGGGAUAUCCUCGCAGACGCGCAGGAAGCAAUAUUUUCGGCUUCCACAAAGGUGUCACGUUCUGUUAUGAUAGUAUCCUCGCCAUUGGAGUCUCUGUUCCCUCCUACGUCAGACAACGGCCCCGUUGCCGCUGGUACAAUCGUUGUGGUUCCAGGGCGAGAAAUUGUGAAAGGAGAUGGAAUUGAUGAACCCCCGCUAUAUUUGCUAUUGCAUUCUAGCGAUACUGGGGAAUGCCCUUCCGGUCAAUGUGUAAUAUAUGGCAGUGUUCUACAGCAACCCGAUCAAGGGCAACCACGCAUUGAUGCUGCGGUAAAACAACUUUUGAAAGCCGCAGACCCCGGAUCAGAAAUUCUUUGGAAAAUGCAGUUUACUCAUUUGGGCUAUCUAGGUUCUGAGGGUUUAUCGAAAGACAAGUUUGCGAGGAAGUCUAGUCAGAUAUUGUUGUUGCCACCGCCAUGCCUUGACAUUGAAUUCAAUGAUUGCAUGAUUGAUCAAGUUCGGCAUGUCUGGAAGGAACUAAUGGGUGCGGAUGCAGAUGACAAGCAUUUCCUUGUGUUUGAGGACCGAGAAGCUUCUGAAGAGCCAGAUUCGUGA